AAGUUCACUCAAUUUGCUCACCAUUCCCACACAUGCAAUGUUACCAUAACCAAAUUUUUUACUCUAUUUUUUUUUUUCUUCUUCUCACUUUCUCUCUCCUCCUAAUCUCACACAUGAUAUGAUCCCUACUUAGACACGUCCGCCUUCUUGUCCUCCUUAAACUCGAGAACUUAACUCCCCCAUUUCCAGUUUUCCAUUUGACAUAAUUCCACACUAUUUUUAGUAAGAAAUUUCUGCAAAAUUCUCUGCUUUUGAGAGAAUUGGUGUCAGAUCAAGCACUCAAUUCCAAUAAAGGGAAUAAGGAGAAGAAAUUAUUUUUGGAUAAGAUCACUCAUUGUUUCAAGUAGAGCUGUCAAAAAUCGACCACGCCGCAGUCUGCCAACGUCGAUUUGGGUAGAAGAGAUCAUUGCCAAUUUGAGGAACAUGGUUUGUUAGAAUUUGUGAUUUGGUGGAGGGUUUUAGUUGGGUUAAAUUGCAUAAGUUGUGUUUACCAGAGUUGGUAAUGUUGAAGUUGAUGAAUGUGUUGAGAAUUUCAGCUUAUGGGUUUGCCUCAGUUAUAGUUUAUGAGUGAUGGGCUGUGUUUAUUCAAGAUCUUGUAUAGGUCAGGUUUGUAUUCCUAGAGAAGCGCGAAUUAAACAGGUUGAAAAUGCGAGGGGUGCAGAGAUAGAUGUCUUCUCUCCUGCUAAAUCUGAAGGGCAGGAUGAUCAAGUUCAAGAAUUGAACCAGUUGAGCUUUGGUAGGGACACUGAAGCUGGUAUAAAGAGGCUUUCUAGAGUAUCUGCUCAGUUUUUACCACCUGAUGGAGGGAGAACAGUUAGGGUACCAUCCGAAAAUUAUGAGUUGAGAUACUCAUUUUUAUCUCAGAGGGGUUAUUAUCCUGAUGCUCUUGAUAAGGCUAACCAGGAUAGCUUCUGCAUUCAUACACCAUUUGGGACAGACCCGAAUGAUCAUUUCCUUGGAGUAUUUGAUGGGCAUGGAGAAUAUGGGGCUGAAUGCUCGCAGUUUGUAAAGCGCAAGUUGUGUGAAAAUUUAUUGAGGGGUAGUCGAUUUCAUGUUGAUCCUGUUGAAGCAUGUCAUGCUGCUUUCUUAACAACUAAUUCACAAUUGCAUGCUGAUAGUAUAGAUGAUAGCAUGAGUGGUACUACUGCUAUUACAAUAUUGGUUAGGGGUAGGACUAUAUAUGUUGCCAAUGCAGGUGACUCGAGAGCUGUUGUAGCCCAGAGGAGAGGGAAGGAUUUAGUGGCUGUUGAUCUUUCAAUUGAUCAAACUCCAUUCCGUACUGAUGAGCUUGAGCGAGUCAAGCUUUGUGGAGCAAGAGUUCUUACCCUUGAUCAGAUUGAAGGGUUAAAGAAUCCAGAUGUGCAGUCUUGGGGUACUGAAGAAGAUGAUGAAGGUGAUCCUCCCAGGUUAUGGGUGCAGAAUGGGAUGUAUCCGGGUACGGCUUUCACUAGAAGUGUUGGUGAUUCCAUUGCUGAAACAAUUGGAGUUGUUGCUAACCCGGAGAUAGUUGUCAUGGAGCUUACACCAGAUUAUCCUUUUUUUGUCAUUGCUAGUGAUGGUGUCUUCGAGUUUCUUUCAAGCCAAACUGUGGUUGAUAUGGUAGCACUACAUAAAGACCCUCGUGAUGCUUGUGCAGCUAUUGUUGCUGAAUCAUACCGGCUUUGGUUGCAAUAUGAAACUCGUACGGAUGAUAUAACUAUAAUAGUAGUGCAUGUUAAUGGGCUAAAUAAUGUUAUGGAGGGAACUACAAGUCCUGGUCCCACUAUGAUUCCUUCUACUCCUCAAGUUGUGGAGUUAACUGGAUCAGAGUCCCCUGCAACUAUGAGCAUGAAUUCUAGGAACCAACGUGUAAGGCAUGAUGUAUCACGAGCUCGCCUUCGUGCCAUUGAAAGUUCUUUGGAGAGUGGAAAUGUUUGGUUGCCUUCAUCUCCAGCACACAGGAAGACUUGGGAAGAAGAGGCACAUAUUGAGCGGGCAUUACAUGAUCAUUUCCUCUUCAGAAAGCUUACUGAUUCUCAGUGCCAGGUCCUGUUGGAUUGCAUGCAAAGAGUUGAGGUUCAGGCCGGGGAUAUUGUUGUGCAGCAGGGUGGUGAAGGUGAUUGCUUUUUUGUUGUUGGAAAUGGAGAGUUUGAGGUUUUUGCCACACAGGAGGAGAAACACGGUGAGGUACCAAGAGUUUUACAGCGAUACACAGCUGAAAAGUUAUCGUGCUUUGGGGAGCUGGCGUUAAUGAAUAAUAAACCACUUCAGGCCUCCGUGCGUUGUGUGACUGGUGGAACUUUGUGGACCCUGAAAAGAGAAGAUUUUAGAGGAAUUCUAAUGUCGGAGUUUUCAAAUCUGUCAUCCCUGAAACUUCUACGAUCGGUGGAUCUUCUUUCAAGAUUAACAAUCCUACAGCUUAGUCAGAUAGCGAAUUCUCUGUCAGAAAUUUCUUAUUCUGAUGGGCAGUCAAUAGUUGAACAGCAUGAUUGUGUAUCUGCAUUGUACAUAAUCCAGAAGGGAAGAGUAAGGAUAGAAUUUGAUGUCGAUGCUUUGUUGAGUCCGAAUGUCGGCAGCUUGAAGUGUGAUUAUCUAAUCGAGAAUAAUGAGGAACACGGUAACAGAGGAGUGUUGGUAGAGAAAUCCGAGGGAAGUUAUUUUGGAGAGUGGGCACUUUUCGGUGAGAAAAUUAGUCAGUUGGCAGUAUGUGCUGUUGGGGACGUCGUUUGUUCUGUUUUAACAAAAGACCGGUUCGAUAUUGUUGCUGGUCCACUGACAAAAAUUUCACUGGAGGAUCAAAAGUUGAAGGAGCUUCCGGUGGUCUUAGACAAGGAACUUGAAACAAAUAUUCAACCAUUGGUCCAAAACAAAGUUCAACUCUCUGAUUUGGAAUGGAGAAGGUGCUUGUAUUCGACUGACUGCAGUGAGGUUGGACUUGUAUUUCUGAAAGGUUCAGAAAAAUUCCUUAGCUUGAAAAGGUUUUGGAAGCAGAAGGUUAAAAUGCUUGGUAAGGAAGAUCAGGUACUAAAGGAGAAGAACCUGAUGAAAAGUUUGAGCGAUUCCGUAUGCUUACCACAAGUUAUAGGCACGUGUGCUGAUGAAACGCAUGUUGGAAUACUACUGGAUACAUGUCUGGCUUGUCCGUUGGUUUCAAUCCUAAAUAAACCACUUGAUGAGUCAUCUGCACGGUUCUAUGCUGCCUAUGUUGUUAUAGCACUGGAAGAGCUCCACAAGAAGGGUAUUCUAUACAGAGGUGUUUCUCCUGAAGUACUGAUGUGUGAUCAAGAUGGACGCCUACAGUUUGUAGACUUCAGAUUUGGGAAGCAAUUAUCUGGUGAGAGGGCAAACACAAUCAGUGGAAUGGCAGAUUCUCUAUCUCCAGAGAUAAUACUGGGUAACGGCCAUGGUUACCCUGCUGACUGGUGGGGUUUGGGAGUUCUGAUAUAUUUUAUGCUGCAAGGGGAAAUGCCUUUUGGAUCGUGGAGAGAGAACGAGCUUGAUACAGUUGCAAGAAUCGCAAAAGGGCAUUUUAAUCUUUCUCAUUCUUGCAGUCCUGAAGCCACCGAUCUUAUAACCAAGUUACUUGAAGUUGAUGAAACCAAGAGACUUGGAAACGAUGGACCUGAUUCUGUCAAAAAUCAUCAAUGGUUUUCUGGAGUUGACUGGGAAGGGAUUACAGAUCAUAAUAAAAUCCCCGUUCCUGAUGAAAUCGUUUCUCGGAUAAAUCACCAUUUAGAGAGCUACCUCGGUGAUACUUCCCCGGCACCAUCUUCACCCCUUCGGAAUGUCGAACAACUCAACACCCCGGAGUGGUUUGAAAACUGGUGACACGUACCGAUACUCUAGGGUGUGAACUUCACUCUAUUUUGCCGUUUUUGAUGAUGAUCGUAUAGUAUAAUUUCCGAGGAAGCUGCAUUGAUCAAGGUACAUUUUUUUUCAUCAUCUCUUCCUUUUUUGUAAAAUAUAAGAGGAAUGAUUGUGCUGAAAUUAUCCUCUUUUUUUGGGUGACCUAGAAACUUAAAUACCAUUGAAGCAGAGCUAGAUGCCUGUAAAUAAGUAUAGUUUGUAAAGAGAUUAAUUUUCUCCUUCUCAUGAAUUCCUCCAGAGGUGAAUUUUGCCUCCCCACUGUAAUUCUAAUGUUGGAUGUCGGUAGAUUUACUCGGAUUUAUCGACAGUCUCAUUGAAAUACAACUAUAGAAGGAAUAUGUAUAUGUUUCUACAAA